GGGACAUUGAGCAUGUUGUGGGGAGCUGGCUGGCGGCAGCCCCAUGAGAAUGGGAGGGGGCCUGGGGCCUGGGGAUGGGCGAGGAGCCCCAGGAAACCCCCAGAACGUGAUGGAGACGGGAUUUGCUUGUAUCUUCCAAGAUGAGGGCAGGGGUAGAAGAGAGAGCGAGCGAUUUCAGUGCGUACUGGCUUUUACGUCUGACAGACUGGACCUGAAUGUUGGGUUGUGUUUCCAAGAGGGGAGAAUAUGGUGUGUUUUUUCUGAGAAGAGAAUGUGUAUAUGUGUGUGUCUGAGUGACAUUAGGUUGCAUUUGUGAAAGGAGAACAUGGAGGUGAGUGUGUGUGUAUCACAUUGUAUUUUAAGAGGGGUGUGUGUCAUGUGUGCAUGUGUUGCAUUUGAUAGAAGGGUGUUUGCAUGAGGGUGGUUGUGUUUCUGAGGCGAAUGGGUGUAUUGUGUUGUAUCUCUAAGAAGGGAGCAUAUGUGUGUGUUAUUAUUUCUGAGAGAAGAAUGUGUUUGUGUGUGUGUGUCUGGUGUCUGAGUUUGUGUGUUGUAUUAGGCUGUAUUUCUGAAAAGAAAAUGUGUGUGUGUUGCAUUGUAUUUUAGGAGAAUAGUGUAUGCUCUGUGUGUGUACGCAUUGUAUUUCGGGGAAAAGAAUGUAUUUGUGUGUUGUGUUGUAUUUCAAAGAAAGGAGAAUGUGUGUAUCGAGUUGUAUUUUGGAAAGAAGAAUGUUUUUGUGUUGAGUUCUGUUUUCUGAAAGGACUGUGUGUUGAGCUGUAUUUCCAAGAGCAGAAUGUGUGUGUGUGUGUGUGCUGUGCAUCUAAGAAGGGACAACAGAGUAUGUGUGUGUUGCGGUGUGUGAGUGUGUCACAUGUGAGGGCCCCAGAGGCACCCCCAGCUGGUGUUCGUGACCUCAUCUCGGACCUGCACCUGCCUGGGAAACUCACCCAUUACGGCCUGGGCCUCGGACCCUCACCCGUCAUGUGGCCAGUGUGACAUCCGUGGACCACGCCUGCCACAUGUGUGUCCCAACACGCCCUGGGCCGGCUGGACAUGUCUGCGGAGGAGGGCGGGGCCCCUGCCCCCUCAGGGAGCGGCAAUGUCGGUGCAGGUGGCAGCCCCUGGAGGUGCGGGGCUGGGCCCGGAGCGCCUGAGCCCCGAGGAGCUGGUGCGGCAGACCCGGCAGGUGGUGCAGGGGCUGGAGGCGCUGCGGGCUGAGCACCAUGGCCUGGCCGGGCACCUGGCGGAGGCCCUGGUGGGACAGGGCCCGGCGGCUGGCUUGGAGCUGCUGGAAGAAAAGCACCAGGUGGUGAGCCACUCGCUGGAGGCCAUCGAGCUGGGGCUGGGCGAGGCCCAGGUGCUGCUGGCGCUGUCGGCGCACGUGGGCGCGCUGGAGGCCGAGAAGCAGCGGCUGCGGGCGCAGGCCCGGCGGCUGGCCCAGGAGAAUGCGUGGCUGCGGGAGGAGCUGGAGGAGACGCAGCGGCGGCUGCGGGCCAGCGAGGAGGCCGUGGCCCAGCUGGAGGAGGAGAAAAGCCACCUCGAGUUCCUGGGGCAGCUGCGGCAGUACGACCCGCCCACCGAGGGCCAGCAGCCCGAGGCCCCGCCUCGCCGAGACAGCCUGGCCUCCCUGUUCCCCAGCGAGGAGGAGAGGAAGGGUCCGGAGGCAGCAGGGGCGGCGGCAGCUCAGCAGGGCGGCUAUGAGAUCCCAGCCCGCCUCCGGACCCUGCACAACCUCGUCAUCCAGUACGCGGGUCAGGGCCGCUACGAGGUUGCAGUGCCACUGUGCCGCCAGGCCUUAGAGGACCUGGAGCGGAGCUCGGGCCACUGCCACCCUGAUGUGGCCACCAUGCUCAACAUCUUGGCGCUGGUGUACCGGGACCAGAACAAGUACAAAGAGGCCACAGACCUCCUUCACGAUGCCCUGCAGAUCCGGGAGCAGACGCUGGGCCCUGAGCACCCCGCAGUGGCGGCCACCCUCAACAACCUGGCGGUCCUCUACGGGAAGCGCGGGCGUUACCGGGAGGCCGAGCCCCUGUGCCAGCGCGCCCUGGAGAUCCGGGAGAAGGUCCUUGGUGCCGACCACCCGGAUGUGGCCAAGCAGCUCAACAACCUGGCCCUGCUCUGCCAGAACCAGGGCAAGUUCGAGGAGGUGGAGCGGCACUACGCCCGCGCCCUAGGCAUCUACCAGGCCCUGGGGGGGCCGCACGACCCCAACGUGGCCAAGACCAAGAACAACCUGGCCUCAGCCUAUCUGAAACAGAACAAGUACCAGCAAGCAGAGGAGCUAUACAAAGAGAUCCUCAGCAGGGAGGACCUGCCUGCCCCCCUUGGAGCCCCCAACAUAGACACUGCCGGUAACGCACAACAGCAGGCCCUGCGUCGGAGCAGCUCAUUCUCCAAGCUCCGUGAGUCCAUCCGGCGUGGUAGUGAGAAGCUGGUCUCCCGGCUCCGAGGCGAGGGGGUGGCAGGAGCAGCCGGGAUGAAGAGAGCUGUGUCGCUCAACAUGCUCAACACGGACGGCCUGAGGGCUGCUGGCACGCAGUUCCCCACCAGGCACCUGAGCAAGGCCCCCCGGACCCUCAGUGCCAGCACCCAGGACCUGGGCCCCCGCUAAGGCCAGCGGGACCUCUGUGGACACCGCGUCUCAGGGAGAGGCGGGGGUGGUGGGUGGUGGAGGCCUCCCCCGUCCCCCUGCCUCGCUCCCACCUCUCGAGGUCCCUGCUGUACGGGGCUCCCCCAGUGCCCUCUCCCGCCAUUAAAGGCUGCAGAUUUGGCAACAA